AUGUUCCUGUGCAGCCUCCUGCUCCUGGUGGCUGCUAUGACUGCAGCCCAAGAGCCUGAGAAGCAGGUAGACAUCACUGACAGGAACCAUCAUCCCAUGGUGCACAUGUGGGUGUUGACUGGCAACUGGAUAGACAACGUGGAGAAUGAGCUGAAGAACAACAUGCAGACACUACAGAAGGUCCUGAACCAGGUGUUGUCCAUGGAGCACCAGAUGCUGGAGGCUUUGAGUACCACUGACAAGCAGGAGAAGGACAUGCAGGAGCAGAGUAACAGACUGAGAGCCUUGUAUGGCCGCAACAGUUACCUUGAUCCUAUAAUGCGCAUUGCGGAAGCACAGCAGGAUUCCCAGCUGGUUGGCCUCCAAGAUGUAAGGAAACAGAUACAGCAGCUGCUGGACCUCCAGAACAGCACCCUCACCAGCAUCCAGGACAGCUUGCAGGCUGUCAGCAGCACAUCCGGCCUCCGGCAUCAAAAGCAGCGCCACCUCCUAGAGACCCUGCGAGAGCUCAUCCAUCUAGCGGACCACGGCCCAGGUGCAGCUGUGCCGGGGCUCCAGGACUGUCAGGAUAUCCACAAGUUUGGGCUCAAUGAUGACAGUAUCUAUACCAUCCUGGUUCCAAAUGUGAUAGAGCCCAAGAGGGUGUUAUGUGUGAUGGGCACCAAUGGAGGAGAUUGGACUGUUAUCCAGCACCGUGAGAAUGGCACAGUGAAUUUCCACCGAAACUGGCAGGACUACAAGCAGGGCUUUGGAGACCUAUCUGGAGAGCACUGGCUGGGAAAUGAGGUGGUGCACCAGCUUAGCAGCAGCAAAAACUACUCUCUGCGUGUGGAAUUGGAAGACUGGGAUGGCAAUAUGUUCUACGCCAACUUCGAACAUUUCCAGCUGGGCAGUGAGGAGCAGUUUUACAGGAUUUUUCUAGACAAGUACAGUGGUGCAGCAUCUUUUGGAGAACACCAGAUCCUGAAAAGCAACAACUUCAGCACCAUCGAUGCAGACCAUGACAAUUGUGCCUGCAAUUGUGCAGAGGCGCUGAGUGGAGGGUGGUGGUUUGACAACUGUGGUCCCUCCAAUCUCAAUGGCAUCUACUACCCAGCCGGAGAACACUUGCACAAGGUUAAUGGUGUCCGCUGGCACCACUCCUUGGAGGACCCCACAUACUCACUUCGCUCAUCCCGCAUGAUGAUCCGGCCCUUAUCCAGCUAG